CACACACACACACACACACACACACACACACACGGACGGCGAGAAGCGUGAGGAGAAGGAGAAGGGUGAACGUGGUGUUCCUUCAUCGCCGCAGUGUAUUUAGUGUAAAAGCUCAGGGUAGAUCAGUGUAAAGAGAAGCUCCGAGAUCGCUUCAGGAUGAAUGAGGCAGAAGGACUGCGCUUCAGGAAGCUCAACAGACCUCAGAUCCUAACAGACGAAUCACAUGAACCUCAGUAUAAAAGCACGAGCACGUACAGCGGGAAGGUGUUCCGGGUCACUCUGCUGUCUCUGGCUGUCUUCCUGAUUCUCCCAGUCCUGGUGGUCACUUUUCUCUUGGAGUCCCCGAUUCAGCCUGAAGCAUUCAGUCUCAGUGAACCACCGCUCUUGACUGGCUGCUUUGAACCCAACCUAAAGCUCAGACAGGCAGAGAGACUGUUUGAGGAUCAGCUCGUUGGGCCUGAAUCCAUCACUGAUAUUGGAGAUAUUCUGUACACUGGAACAGCAGAUGGAAAAAUUGUAAAAAUUGACGGGAAGAAAAUCAGUGUUGUUGCAACUCUGGGCAAGCCUCCAUGUGGGUCUCCUGAGCACGAGCCUGUUUGUGGACGGCCCCUUGGAAUCAAAGCAGGACCAAAUGGCACCUUGUUUGUGGCUGAUGCCUACCUGGGCCUUUUUGAGGUUAAUCCUGUCACAGGUGAGAGUACACAGCUAGUGAGCACCAAGAAGACGAUCGGUGGUCGCCGUCUCUCAUUUGUCAACGACCUGGAUGUGACACAGGAUGGGAAGAAGGUGUAUUUCACAGACUCCAGCAGCAGGUGGCAGCGUCGGGAUUUCAUGAAACUCAUCAUGGAGGCCACAGCAGAUGGUCGAGUUCUCGAGUACGACACUGAGACUAAAGAGGUUGGCGUCAUGAUGGACAACUUGCGCUUCCCUAACGGUAUUCUACUCCUUCCCGACGAAGAGUCUGUUCUUGUUGCUGAAACUACGAUGGCAAGAAUAAGGAGGAUUCAUGUGUCUGGUCUCAAUAAGGGUGGAAUGGACACUUUUAUUGAAAACCUGCCUGGCUUUCCUGACAACAUACGUCGCAGCUCUUCUGGUGGUUACUGGGUGGCCAUGUCUGCCAUUCGACAGAACCCUGGCUUCUCCAUGCUCGAUUUCCUGUCCCAAAGACCCUGGAUUAAGAAUAUCAUAUUUAAGCUCUUCAGCCAGGAAACACUAAUGAAGUUUGUGCCACGGUACAGUCUGGUGGUGGAGCUGAAGGAUGGAGGAACAUGUGUGCGGAGUUUCCAUGACCCUCAUGGCACUGUGGCGGCCUACAUCAGCGAGGCCCAUGAGCACAACGGCCACCUUUACCUUGGCUCUUUCCGCUCCCCUUACCUGUGUAAACUGGACUUGAGCAAAGUGUAAAAACAGUCCUACAGGAAAACAAGACUAUAGCUCACAGGCAUUUCCUGUGGCUUCGUUAUCAGUCAUGUAACAUUUCCUCAAGAAACAACAAACCUAUUUUUUUGUACCCCAUAAUAUCUCCCAUAAUAAGUAAGAAACCCAAGUCCUCCAUAUCCAUUCCUGCAUUAAUGUCAUUCAGCUUCGACUUCUGUUUAGGUUUUUGUUCUGUUGAGCCAUAUGACUUUGUAUUUGAAUCCCCCCUUCUCUUUAGAGUGAUGUUUCUAUAUAGGCAUGCCUGCAGAUGUCAGCUUGCUUUAUUUAAAGGAUAAAUGACAAGUAUCUAUAUUUGUUUUGCUCCUACAAAUGGAGGUGCAUAAUGUUUGGACUCUGAUUUUGUUUAAUUUGCACUGAACUGUCAACUGAUCCUUAAAAUAAAGCUGCUGAUUUACUUGAAAAUUUGCAACAGAAAUAUCAGUGCAGACGAGAACUUUAUACCUUCUAUUUGCAGGACUGAACACCUACUCUGGUAUGACGAAACAGUAUUUUACGACUCUGUCUCUUUACCUUGAAACAUUUACAUUAGUUGAGUCUCUGAGCUUCCAUUUGCAAAGAUCAUUUCAGCACUGAAGAGAGUGGCAAUUAGCAAUAAUUUCCUAGUGAAUGCUUGUGCCUGUUUGUGAAUUGUGGCAUCUGUCUGUGGUUGCCAUCAUAGCAGCUACUGUAUAGUGCGUACAAUAAAUAAAUUAAUGAAAGGAAGAAUGAAUAAAUAAAUAAAUGCA